AUGCUUGAAACAUUUUACCGUGCCAGAAAGAUAUGGUACAUGGUAAUUGCCGUUACUGGUGUUCCUGUGAAUUUAGUGGCGACUGUGAUCCUGUCCCGGGGAAACUGCGGCCUCUCCUUCUGCACAACUUGCUACCUGGUGGCCAUGGCAACGGCGGAUCUACUCACCAUAAUAUUUGAGGUCAUAUUGUGGCGGGUCAGUUAUUAUUACUUCCCCGGGACUUUCCUGGACAUCACCCCCGUCUGCAGAGUGAUUUCGGUCCUGAGAGUGGCAGCCACUGAAUGUUCUGUCUGGUUCACCGUCACUUUUACGGUUGAUCGGUUUGUCGCCAUCUGUUGGCAGAGGUGGAAAGCGAAGUAUUGCAGCAAAAACACUGCGUGUGUGGUUCUGUCAGCAACCGGCGUCCUGCUCUGUUUAAAAAAUAUUCCCUACUUCUUCGUAUAUCAUCCUGCGAAAGUGAUUGACAAUAUACCUUGGGACUGUAUACGAAAGACGGGGUACUAUACAGACCCCGGGUGGGUGGGAUAUAACUGGCUUUCUACCGUCCUAACGCCAUUACUCCCGUUCGUGUUAAUACUGAUGCUCAACGCUCUGACAGUCAGACACAUUUUAGUGACCAGUCGCGUCCGUAAGGGGCUGAGGGGUCAGAGCAAGGCGGAGAACCGCAGUGACCCGGAGAUGGAGAGCAGGAGGAGGUCUGUGAUCUUACUUCUCACCAUCUCCGGAAUCUUCAUCAUCCUGUGGUCCGUAAAAGUUGCCCAAAUUCUUAAUUCCAUCAUGAGACGACUGGAUCUGAAUAAUUACACCGAUUUGGAAUAUAAAUUCGAACAAUCCGCAGACAUGCUUCUGAUACUAAGUUGCUGCACAAACACGUUUACUUACGGGGUAACUCAGUCCAAGUUCAGAGAGCAGUUCAUCAGCGCAGCGAAAAAUCGGCUCACGUCAAUUAUUCCACUCAUUAAUAAACGAAAUUUAUAUGUUUUACGGAAAGGCGUUUGCAGUAUUCCAUCUGGACUCUAA